CUCCAUUUUCAGGCCAAUUCCACCAUCAAUCACAAAUGGUUACUUCCUUCUAGAAUCACUUUCAGACACGUUAGAAAUUUGCUACCAUUACAUAUUUACAUUGCAUCACUCUCCAAAAAAGUCACCGCUUUCAGAUCCAAUCGAAUUUUCUACCGAUUCAAUCACCCCAAAAUUCCCACUAAUUUGCUCUCUUUCUCUCAAUCAAUCCCCCUAUUUUUCUUCCUCAAUUGAUCCCCAAUUUCACUAAUUCUGCAGCUCACUGAAAUUGAUCACAAACCCUAAUUCCCAGAAAUUGAAUUUCAAUUUGAUCAACAAUGUCGGCUUCGCCAUUAAAGGCUGUAACUUUGACCCAUGUUCGAUACCCUAGGGGAGAUAAAAUUGGGCAUUUUCUUGCUUGGAUUUCUCUGGUGCCAGUUUUCAUCAGUCUUGGAGGUUUCGUAGCUCAUUUUUUCUUCCGCCGUGAAUUGCAGGGUAUGUGUUUUGCUGUUGGUUUGAUUAUUUCUCAAUUUAUCAGUGAAUCUAUCAAAUCAUGUGUGCAACAAUCGCGCCCUGAAACCUGUGCAUUGCUUGAAGUAUGUGAAUCCCAUGGUUGGCCUUCAAGCCAUUCGCAAUACAUGUUCUUUUUCGCUACGUAUUUUACGCUGUUGAGUUAUCGAAAAGCCGGUUUUUUUGGUGGGAAUGAGAAUAAGUGGAUUGUGGAAGUGAUUGCUUGGUUUAUGGCAGUGUUAACUAUGUUUUCAAGGGUUUAUUUGGGGUAUCAUACCAUUGCACAGGUUAGCGCCGGUGCAAUUUUGGGGACGGUUCUUGCGUGGUCAUGGUAUUGGGUUGUUAAUAAUGUUUUACUCCAUUAUUUUCCAUUGAUUGAGGAGAGUUACAUUGGGACGACGUUUUAUAUCAAGGAUACUUCACAUAUAUGCAAUGUGUUGAAGUUUGAGUAUGAUAAUGCAAGAGCCGCGAGGAAAAAUAUGACUGACAAAAGCAGCUGAUUUUUCUGCUCCACAAAAACCCCGGGAGGAAAGGGUAAUUUGUUUGGUUAAAUGGUUUUAGGACACCCACAUUAUGGAAGGUUGCAUUAUGCUUAAUUUGGCAAUGUGAAGCUGGAAACUGGCUGGAGUUUUGCGUGUACGGCGAUGGUGAGGGGCUAUAAACACCAUCAUACUACUGGAUAAUAUAUUUAUUUUCUGUUUUUGUUUUUGUGUAGUGGAAGUUAUAAAUACACUAUAGGAUAUUCAAUAUGGCAGCUAACCAAGGCAAGAUCAUACUCAAUGAUUUCCUAAGAGUUUAACCCAUAACACUUACAAUGAAAGUAAGGCAAGCUAACCAAAGUAAAAACAAACAAUAGAACUCAAAUAGGACUUUUAAAUGAAACCAAUGCUUUUCCUAAAAAAAAAAAAAAAAAAAACCAAUGCUAGUAAAGUUAUAAAUGCUCAAGGAUAUCCAAGGAUAGGUCAAAAAGUAAACCAUGCUAAGCAUAGAGAACUAAGAAGGCCAUAUCACUUUUCCCCCCAAACGGAAUUUACUGCAUUCUAGCUUCAAAUCCAUCGUUUCAAGUUGGCAUCUCAUGGAAAAUGAGAGAUAUAAGGUUAGCUCAAUGUUUUGGCAUGACACAUUGGCUUAAUAGGCUUGAGUUUAUCUCCUCUACAGACUUUGAACCUUGACCCCUAAGGUCAAAAAGUCUUUUUAGGUUGCAAUGUUUCGGUUAUGGGUCAAGGGUGUGGAAAAAUAUGGGAAUUUGUAGCCCUACUAGUAUAGUAACCGGGCGUUGCACGAUAGUGAUAAGUAAUUUUUCCAUAUUUCUUUUAUAUAUUUUGUUGUUGAUAAAAUAACUUGGCUUACUUUUUAAAAAAUAAUAAUAAAAAAGGGUAUAUAAAUAUUAAAUAAAAAACAUGUACAUAGUCCUUUUUUAAAUAUGUUUAUUAUUUAUUGUUGCAUUAUAAUAUUUACUACAAUGUUAUAUAAAAUGUUAUAAAAUGAUGGUUAGACAAAAUACAUCUAAUGUUUCAUAUAUGUUUAGAGUGAAAGCUUAAAAAAUGUAUAUAAUUAGCUAUCAAUAUCUAAUAUUGUUGUAUAUUGAAAAGUUCAAAAGUAGUAAUGAGUAUACAACAAUAUUGAUGUCAAAGCCAACUUUCGUAUUUUUAGUUUUAAACCUACUUAAUCCUAAAAUCUAGCAAGUAAAUAAAAAAGGGAAAAAAAUUAAAAAAAAUAAAUAAAUGGAUGAUAUCAUAAGUAAAUUUGGAGGGAAAUUUUUUAAUGAGAGCUUGACACGUAAGACAGUUUAAGGAAUUAAUGAUAUUAGCACGUUUUGUUUUAAUAAUAGUUUAUAGAUUUGUGAAGCAAAUGAGUGAUUAUUAAUCCAUGAACUAAAAAACACUUAAGUAUAAUAUACCACAUUGGACACAUUGUUAAGGAAAACUAAAAGUUUGUUUGGUAUUAUUUUUAGUUUUCAGUUUUUUGAAAACCAAAAACUAAACACAGGAAACAAGAAUAGAUGUUUUCACUUUUCUGUUGUCAGUUUUUAAAAUAAUCAUAAUCUCAAUAAGUUUGACUAGUUUUUUAUUCAUUAUAUGACAUAUAUCAUAUGAUUUAAAAAAAAAUUAACCAAAAAACAGAAAAUCACAAUAAUGCCAAACGAACCAUAAAUAUACCGUUUUCUUCUUUAAACAAUACAAAACCAUUGAGGCAUAAUUUAUUGAACAGCUUACAAAAUACAUUAUUUAAACAUGAUAAUAGCUUGAAAUUACAAAAUGGAAAAUUCAGAAUAAAAAAAGUUCCAAAGGCCCAUUUAGAUGUUAAAUAAAGCAAACAUUCAUAAAAAGAAAAUAAUUUUUUUUAUAAAAAAAAAAA